CGAUAUCUGCUAACAUCGAAAUUGGGUCCUAAACAACAAGCAUUAAAGUUGUUAAUUUAUUUAUUAAUUCGGCGCAAGUCCAAUAAGAAAUGGAUAGCAACAACGACCUGUCGGAUGAACUGAUUCGACGGCUCAGUGCGGGGGCUGAUUUGGAGGAAGUCAUUGCCAGCGACAUAUUCGAGGAGACGCACAUUUAUGAGGAUAGCAACGAUGUGGAAAUGGAACCCGACGAUAUCAUUAUUGUUCACAUGGAUAUAAGGGAACCCCUGAGCUCACUUAAACAAAUUGUAGAACGAAAGAUUGGCGUGGAACUAAACUACUACACCUUCUGGUUGCAGGAUGCACAAGAGCUGGAAGCGCAUAAAAAUCUUGUGGAUCAAUGUGUCAAGGGCGAGGGUUUGGUGCAAAUCAAUGUACAAAUCCAGACUAUACGACAAAGAAUCAACAUUGCCGAUGUCCUCAAGCCCACAGAAGCUGCUUUGGCUGCUCUGGCCGCCGAGGAGGCUACACCUUCCUACACUCCCACCACGAACAGCGUAGAGAGCACACCCACCCAUACUGUCCCCGUAACAAAUCCCGCGAAACGCAAGAUAAAAGAGGAAUCCGAAGAUGAGGCAACGGGGAACGGAAAAAUUGUCAAUCCAGUCCUCAACUGGGUAUUGGAUAGUAAAUUCAAGCGAGAGCAGGUUCGCCUUAAAAUCCCAGAAGUUGCACUUGAAUGGACACAAGCCCAUGUUGCCCAUUGGUUGGAGUGGGCAGUGAAACAAUUCGAUCUGAAUGAUCUCAAAAUGAGCGAUUGGCAGAUCAAUGGCAAAGAAUUGUGUGCCAUGACCCAUGAAGAGUUUAGUAAAAAACUGAACGAUCCUGGCAACAUAUUCUGGACGCAUCUGCAGCUGCUUAAGGAAUGCAAUUUCGUAUCAGUGGUUCACAAGCAAGCCGAGGAAUUGCGAAAGCCGCAAAAGCAAAUUAAAACAAAUGCCGCCCAGUCAACAGGAAUAUCGACCAAUAGCAAUGUGCCACUAGAACAACGGAUAAUGAGAAAAUCCUAUCAGAGUGUCAAAAGCUCCGACUCUGCAGACAGUUCACCAGCUCCUCACAGUCCAAACAACUAUACCAACAUUGGCUCUGGGAACAAUGGCCAGGUUCAAUUAUGGCAAUUCCUACUCGAAAUACUUACCGACUGCGAGCAUGCGGAUAUUAUUGAAUGGGUGGGAACCGAAGGCGAAUUCAAACUCACCGAUCCCGAUCGUGUUGCCCGCCUGUGGGGUGAAAAGAAAAACAAACCGGCCAUGAACUAUGAGAAACUAUCGAGAGCUCUGCGCUACUAUUACGAUGGUGACAUGAUAUCCAAGGUGUCGGGCAAGCGUUUUGCCUACAAAUUCGAUUGUGAUCUAAAGCUACUCAUUGGCUACGAUGCCUGUGAGUUGUCGAAACGGGUAAAUGAGCGUAAAACUGCUGCAGACCGUCUCAUACAAAUGGAGUCGAAGAAGAAGGAGACAUGACAGGCGGACAGUGUUAGAAUCAAAGAGGAACCCUUCAUACUCUGGAAGUAUGAAGAGCCUUAACGGUUGCUUAAAUUGUUGGCAAAAACUAAAACAAAUUAUUUGCAUUUCAUUAACUUAAGGCACAUGAUUUUAUUAAAUUUAUUUCUCAUUUCUUUGUAUUCAUAUUCACUAAGCAUAAUAAUCUCUGUCUAUGUUAGCUAUAUCUAUAAGUAUUGCAUAUCUACUUUUAUAGAUCUUUAUUGUAUAGUUAUAGAUAUAGAUAUAUCAUGUGUGUUGAAUAUUGUUGUUCUCCGUUACAUGAUAAUUGUUGCGAUUUUUGUAAAAUCCCUAAAAACUAAAUUCAUUUACAAGCUCGAUUUUA